AUGAGUUCUGUUUCAACAGCAACAACACCUAAGUCUAUUAAAAAUAAAGCUUAGCCACCUAAAAAAGUAGAAAUAGAUAAAAAUUAGAAGUACUUCAUAGAAUUUAGCGAUCUUAAAUAGUUAGAUUAAGAAAAUAUUAUUAAGUUAUUACAACAAAAUAAUGCAAAAUUUGAUAAAAAUAUUUCGUAAAGAGUGUUUGAAACUGUAAUAUAACUUAAAAAUUUUAACAAUUAAGAUCUCACUAACAUAUCCUAAGAAUUAAAAAUUCCAAAAAUACCACCUGAAAUAUCUCCUGAAAAGUUAGAAUAACACAAAAAUCAAAAAUACAAAAAGAAAAUUUAAGUUAAGAAGAAUAUAUUUGGUGAGGAUGUAAAAGAAGAAAAUGUGACUGAUAGAUUAACAAAAUCAACAACAACAAGCAAGAGAUGGAAACUGAAAGGAUUUGAUAAAAUUCAAAUUAGCCAUGAAAAAGAAGUUUAAAAGAAGAAACUCGAAAAGAUCAUAAAUAAUUUUCCUAGUAGUCCUGAUUCAGAUUGUAAUUCACACAAAGAAAAUCAUGGUGGUUUGAAUAGUAGUUAGCACAAAAGAACUGUUAGCUUUAAAAUGCAUGAAGAUUAAAAUAAUAAUAAUAACUACAUAACUUUUAAUGGAAAUGAUUAGCCUUUUGAAGUGUAUGAAACUUUUAAUUAAUUAAGAUAAUCCAUAAUUUUGAAAUAGUAAAAUUAGCUUCCUCGAUAAAGCUUUAACUAAAAUUGUUUAGAAAACUAGGCUAUAAAUAAUAAUUCUAAAUUGGAAUAAUAGCAUUAAGUGCUUAAAUCAAGUCUUAAAUUACAAAAAGUCCCAUAUCCUACAGAUUAAAAAGAAACUAAAAAAAUGAAAGUGCAGUACAACAUCAUCGAUAAUCAAUCAUCAAAAGAUGAAGUUUUUAGGAAAGUAGAGGAUUCCUUUUGUGAUGAAAACAAUAUAUUUGAAUAAAAAUUGUAAGAAUCAUUUCUAAUUAUGAAUCCUGAUAAGUAAGCUGUAAAUACUUCAAUUACUUUAACCUAAAAUGACUAGAAUCUCCCAUAGUUCCAUUAACAGAGCAACAGAAAAAUAAGCUUUAAUUUAAAUUCAUCAGAUGAUGAAAGUGAAAACAUUUAGCCGAAGACCAAUAUCCCAAAGAAAAUAGUGAAAAAUGCAAAGAACAAUUUAAAUGAGUCUUUUAUAUUAAAAGUUUAAAAAGAUAAAGAAAAUAAAUAAAAGAAUUUGAACAAAAAAAUAACUGAAACUAAUUUAAAAAAUAUUUAAUCUAAAGUGUAAAGCUAUAUAAAGGCCUCUCUUUCUCCGAAGAGAACUUAUAACUAAAAUAAAAGCACCAAUAAUAUUCAAGAUCUUAAAAACAAUUUUCUAGAAAACUUAAGGUCAAACAAAGGAGCAACUAAUUCAAAACCUAUCCCAAAGAGCCAAGAUAAAACAAAGAAUUAAUUGAAUAUGUCAUUAAAUAAUAUUAGUAUGAAUUCACCUAAUUUAAGAACAUCUAUUAAUUCAAAAGAAACAGGCAGCGAUUCUAGAUAUAACUCAAUUGAAAGAUCCAUGAAACUGUCAAAAGUCCUUGAUCCUGCUUCUUAAAAGCAAUUCGAAAUUUUAUAAAAGUAUAAUCAAAACUUUAAAAUAAAAAGUGGAUUACAAUUUCACAAAUACUGCUUAGCAGGUUAAGAAAAUAAAGUAGAAAUGAAAAAUAAAGAUAAUAAAAAUUUAUCAAAAUCUUAAAUUUUAUAGAAAUAUUCUGAAAAACAAAAGAAUGAUUUAUAAAAGCCUAAUAUUUAUGAUUGGGAAUUAAAUGAUGAUGAAAUAAGUGAGCUAGAUCAUAACGAAGAAAUUACACCAAAGAAUUUCAAUAAACUUGCUCAAAAGUACCAUAAAUGGUGGUUUGAUCUUGAAGAUUCUUAAAAAAUGCAUUUCUUUUCAAGUGAGGAGCUAAUAAAAUAUUACUCAGAAGUCAAAAAAAUAACUCAAAAAUCUUUGAUAUUUUAUUUAAAGUCAAAAAAAAAUAAAAGAUAAAAUUGA